AUGGUAGCAACGCGCUCCGCCUCUCGUGCCCUCACUCCAGGCCUCGACAUGGAUGCCCCCGACCUAAGAGUCUCUCCACGCAAGCAACGAGCACCGAGGCCCGCUCCUCCGGCCGGAUGGUCCCACGCCCCAACAACCACCACCCUUAUCUGGCUGUUCGUGUCCCUGCCACUCGUAAUAUGGGACACCGGCUACGUCCUAGGGCGCCCCGCGACAAUGCCCGGAGGAUGGGCACACGCACCAUUCUGGACUCCUUAUGCCUUGUACGGCGAGGUUGAUCAUAUGUACGGCUUCAAGCAGUUCAACCUAGGCAAUGGCUUCACCGCGGCCCAAGGCACACUGAACGUCAUCGAGACCGUUAUGUACAUUGCCUACUUCAUAAUCUGGUAUCGCGCUGCGGGCAGUCUUGGGCUGAGGGAUGCCAAGGAGAGGAGGAGGAUUGCUGGCAAUCAGGCUGGAUUGGCCGUGCUGCUUGGGUUCUCGGCCAGUGUCAUGACAGUCAGCAAGACUGUUUUGUACUGGUUGAAUGAAUACUUCUCCGGCUUUGACAAUAUUGGGCACAACAAGCCUUGGGAUCUUAUUCUUCUAUGGAUCAUUCCAAAUGGUGCCUGGCUCGUCGUUCCCUCCUACAUGAUUUACCAACUUGGCUCCGAGCUGUUCGACGCUGUCAACAUUGCAUCGCGAGCUACGGGCUCUACUAAACCAAUCACCACAUGCUUUGAUUUCUCGUCUCAGCUCUCGGGCUUCCUCACCGCAUGCUGCAACGAUGCCUCAAGCCGAUUCGAACACUGA